CUCAAGAUGCGGAACACAUAUAUCCUAUGAACAUCGACAAAGCCGUUCAUCUCGUUUUCGACGACCUGGCUCAAAGGAUCUAGAAUCCAGGGUCGCCACAAUAGUUUGCGCCGCUAACACAAUAACCGUGAAGAAGACGGAUGCAGCGUACGCUUGAAAUAGCAGCUACAUGAUCGCCGCCGGAAACUUCGGACUGCAAUGAGCGCCGCUGGGGAAAUUUUGCUGGCAACAGAGAGGAGAUUCUGUAUUCCUCGAGUGGUAUGCGUGUUGCUCGUUCCAACGGAAAUAAAUAUUCAGAUCCCACACGCGGGCGCGGAAGCACGCUCUGCUGAUGACAUUGCAAAUGCCCGCCGGGGCUUCAACAGACCUAGCCCCCCCUCGAAUGAGAUACCGUAUACUGUAGUCCUUCCUGCUCAUCGAAAAUGCCAGGUCAUUCAAAAAAUUUAUCGAUGGUCAUAAAGGCUGUAGCUGGAUGUACCAAAAGAGCGAGAUUCAAGUGUAUGCGUUGCAGACAGUGGUAUCUUGGUGCCUAUCCCUCGAAUCCUCCCUGCCCGGGGGUCUGGUCGAAUGUGAAGAAGUUCAGGAACAUGCUUUUCGUUGCGGUCCGUGGUACGGAGUACAUCCUACCAAGGUUAGAUCAGAGAAGACAAACACCAGGCCACAGUAUUUGCGUUGGAAGAAAGGGUUUAUUUGACGCUGUUGCACUGGCGGAGGAAGCAAGAAUAUAGGCGUUGUAUAUGAUAUUGCGAUGAUUGGAUGCCAGCUUGUUUCUUCUUCUUCAGUGUUCGAUGAAUACUCAAGUCCUUCGAUUAGUGAUUCUCUCGAUCUUGCACCCCAGAUAUCCUGUUGAACCUGACUUCAACCUUCGGUUGCCAGGGUGGAGAACGAUUAUCCUAGGCCUUUGGAGGCUCAGGGUAGGAAGUCUGGGGGACGGCACUGGAUAACAAAAUGCCAUCUAAUAUUCCAUCGUGCGACGGAAUGGGGCAAUGUUCCGCUGCGAGAAUCAAGAGAUAGAUUUGGAGCAAUUCUUGCCAGGUUGUUUCAUAACACUCCAGCCAGCCUCUUUUUAUAUCACAUGAUAUCCCUUUGAAUGGAUGGAUAUCAACGAACGGCAAGGCCUGCUUGGCUGUUCACGAUAUGAGCCUGACUCUGUAGUUUAUUUGUUUUUCAAGCUAAUUUUGCUGAUAUUCAGCGGUCAUGUUUGAGCUAUAUCCAGCUACCAUAGCGUUUUCAUAUAUUUGCGUUUCGCCAACUUCAUAUACAUUAUGGCACUCUAGACAUAUUAAAUUACUUCACUUUAACCAACAACCUAUUAUAGCCUUUAACGUUACCAAUAGAAUUGUUCAAACUAACAAAGACUCCACUGAAAUGAACCUCGUAAGGUUUUCUAAGAACAAUGACUAUAACUUUGCGCUCUCUUGGCGGAUUUCCUGUUGUGCUUGAUCCCGAAGUACUCUUC